AUGAACGAAGCGCGACAAUACGGCGAACUUGCCACUCAGCUCGUUACAGAGUCUCGCAGGUCAACGCAGACAGACACGUUGCUCAAAUACAACGACUCUCUUGUCCGAUCUAUUAUUCGAGAGCAACGUGAUCUCGAAAAAGUGGCCGAUGUUCUAGUUCUCGCCACGGUUAAUUCCGCGAACCCACCGCCGCAACUCAUGAUAAUCCAAACGGCCAUUGCGCGGAAUAAGCGCUGUCUUUUGGCUUAUCACAACCAUCGGAUCCAGUUUCUUUGCACUCUCUACUGGUCACUUGGUGCAUCCCUUCCACCAUUGCUCUCAGCAGAAACCACGUCGAUUCGCGCGAAACUCUCCCCCCAUGAAGUGGACUACCUCCGCUCGUAUCACACAUCGGUCAUGACCUUCCGCGCCGAGUUCUCGCAUGAGCUCGACAUCACCGCCAGCAUCGUCCAGCCUCCCAAAGAACUCCACGUUCUAGUCAAUGUCGUCCGCGACUGCGGCGUCAUACAAACAGAAUCGGGCACGAUAGACUUCCGAAUGGGUCAUCGAUUCAUGGUCAGGCGGUCGGACAUUGAGCAUCUCAUCGUCCAGGGUUAUUUGGAGGAAGUUUAA